ACCGGCAUCCAUGAGGGACGAGGGCCCAUUUAAUAACGAGUGCCAGGGCAUUGAUAAGAGGUUGGGUUCUGUAUAGGGGGCCCUCUCGUGGCUGGCGGAACUCGACGCGGGCAUUUGGCUGCUGGGCAUAUAUCCGCACGCGCGACGGUAAUGACAGUAAUUACAAUUCAUAUGGCGUCUACACGCAUCCACUUUUCAAGACCAGACAGGUCCUGGGAGUGCCGCCGUGUGUCCGAAGGUACCGUUAUCUGGAUAAAUGUAUUCAUAGGCAGAUAGGAGAUACAGAGUGAUGAGAGAUAAAUAUGUGUUGAUGCCAGAUAGAAGAUAUAUGACAGAAAUGCAAUGCAUAUAUACAUUGGAACGGACUGGGAAUCAUGUAUUUAAGUUAGAAGAGAAUGCUACGUUGUUCGUCCAAAAGGUAGAGAAAAUGUAGGUGUUUUUAGAAGGGAAAUAUAUAUUUAAAAAACGAGAAGUAUAGUGUUUUCAGAAUAGAUAAUAAUAUAUAUUUUUUACAUAUAGAACAUAUAGAAUAGGAUAGAUAUUCAAAUGAGAUGAGUGAUGAAUAUUUUAUGACAGGUAAAAUAUAGUUGGAGCUCCCUUUCACUGCUUGGGGCCAUACAUAAUUGCACCAUCUGCGAAUUAUAAUUAUUGCGACCGCUUACAAUAAGCCAAAAAUUUUUGGCAGUUGGCCUUCUUCUCUCCUCAAAUAGUCAAACUGUUCUAUUCCCCGUGUCUCCAACUUUCAUCAGCGAAAAUCAAUCCUUCUUGGACGUAUCCAUGCUGGUGAAGAUCUUCCGGAAGGAGAAACACAUUCAUCCCGAGGUGCUUCACACGGACAUUGUCUUCCUGAAGACUCACAAAACGGCGAGCAGCACCUUCCAGAACAUCCUGUUUCGCUUCGGCGAGAAGCACAACCUGACGUUCGCCUUCCCCUACAUGACGUACCAAUUCAUCUACCCGCACGAUUUCAUGGCCUCGUUCGUGGCUCCUCUGCCACUGCGUGCUGCCGGUGGUCGCUUCCACAUCCUGUCCAGCCAUAUGCGCUUUCAGAAGGAUGAGGUGGCGCGUGUGAUGAGUCCCAUGGCCAUGUACCUGUCCAUUGUGCGCCGCCCAGAAAAUAAUUUUGAGUCCGUGUUCUAUUACUAUGAGAGCGUAGUAUCUGCUUUUGAUGCGGCAGGAAAACAUAGUUAUGGCAGGGACCACCUAAAGACUUUUCUUGAAAACGCUGAGACAUUUUAUAAAUUGGAAAAGAUGCCCACGGCUUUCGUCAGAAACCCCAUGGCAUUUGAUUUUGGGCUGACUCCCAACAUAAGUGUGUCGAGUGAUGAAUUUGCCACUGGCUUAGCAGAACUAGAUGCCAAAUUCGACCUGGUCAUGAUCACCGAGCGCUUUGACGAGUCCAUGAUCUUGGCCAAGGAGAUGCUGGGCUGGGAGAUGGAGGAUGUGGUCUAUCUAUCCACCAACAAGCGUGCCAAGACUCAUACAAAUAAGUCGUUCAAGCGAAAAAACCAACAUCUGACCGAGAUGAUCCGGCGCUGGAACGCGCUGGACGUGGCUUUGUAUGAACACUUCGCACGUCGCUUUCAGCGCCAGGUGGAGGCGUUCGGAGUGGGGCGAAUGCAACGCGAGGUGGACGCCCUGCGCAGGAAGGUGAGCGCCCGCAGAGAGGAGUGCGUGGCAAACGAGGUGGAGGCAGGAAUGGUCAACCAGAGCGAGAUUAUGCCAUUUAUUCCGGGGUCUGUGGUUGUCCUUGGCUACAACAUGAGGAGCGGCCUGAACCUUCGCACACGCGAGCGGUGUCUGCGGAUGCUGCUGCCGGAGCUCAAGUACCACACGCGGCUCUUUCAGCGGCAGUACGGCUCCACGGUGGAGGAAUACAACGUGGGAGCAAAAUUAUCCACAACAAAUGAAACACGUUGACUUGGCGAUUUGCUCUAUUUUUUGGUGAUGGAGAUAUGGUGUGUUGUUUAGCAAAAAAAUGUCAUGUAUACACUCACUGAUAUGAAAAUGAGUAUACUGUAAAUAAAGUACUGUAUAGGGUAAAAAAUAUUCCACACCUAUAAAUAUAAACCCAUGGGUAACACAGCUUAGGUCGAUUUUAUGAACACUUUCUCAUUAAGGUUGAAAGCAUCAAAGCACUAGCUCUGUCAGUCUGCCUAUAUUUUUGGGGGUGGGGGGUCACAACUCUCAUAAAGAUGACCUUAUGUCAAUAAGGUAUUUUAAAAUAUAUAUCAACUAAGGAUUUACCCUUAAGACAACUGGGAAGAUAUAUCAAAGGGUUGUCCAAAACAAAGCGAAAUAAACCAUUAUUUGGUGGUGGUGGCACACACCUGUGAUCCAGCACUGUGGAGGCAGCUAGAGUCAUAAUGACUUGGUGUGCCUGGAUAUUAAAACAAGUAUCACGUAUGAUGCCAUCUCAUUACGUGUGACGUAAUCUCAUUCGUAAUUUACUUUCCAAAACUCUUUAAACCUCGCUCAGAUCAUGGAAGGUUGUUGUGGGUUCACUUUCCAACACACCGGUGUGCUGAACUGGUAAUGAAUUGGCACGUUUUGUUUCCGUGACAGACCUUACUCAUUGCUGUGUCGCGUGGUGGCGGAUUUAAUGACGCAUUUAUAUUUACGCGAUCUAACACAAAGAAAAACUCUAUCACGGAUCAUGGAAGGUGUUAACGCUUAUUUAUUACAUUGCUAGUGCUGUUUGUUGCUGGCUAUCUUGAUGUUUUGGGCCUUUCUUAGGCCGCCACAUACCUGCAAAUCCCACUCCUUUGGGCUAAACAGCAGGGCAGCGAGCCCACAGCACCGCUUAUGGGGAGUGUUGAACAAUGCCCCCCCCCCCCCGCCACCAGCAGAGGCUUGAGGUGGAUCUCCGUCACUGACUGCCACCAGCUGUCGCCAGCACGCCGACUCUCCCGCCGGAACGGGAAGAUGUGGGAGCCCCGCACAUGGCCAGCAUGACCCUCCACAGCCCGUUGUGGGACACGGGGUCCUCGUGGAAAGCCGGGCAACACGCACAAAUAGCACAGCACGGUUAGCGGAUCGGCAAGUCGCACGUGGCGGAAUAACGACGACUGGGUACUCUCACCCCUUCCAACACGUCUGGUCAGUGUGGAAGAGUAGACCGGACACCCUCUAGAGAUGCCUUUAUUGGAGCCCAUUCUGCCAGCAGUGGUGUGGGAAAGCAAUUUAAUGGGUGUAUACCUUGACCCUUCAUAGCGAUACACGAUGUCCAUUUUAUGAAGGAUGUUGCCGAUUAAUGCAAACGGUCGGAGAUAUGGGCAAAGAUGGCGAACCCUACACUUGAAGUUGAACACGGAGGUUUUCGCGAACCCGUCACCACCCGACACAGCAAAUUAGUAAGGUUUGCCAGGGGUAAAA